GCCCGACUUGAUGAUAUCAAUAUUUGAAGUGUAUCAUUCUGAAACUCACGUCUGAUACUCCCACAUAUGCCGUAGGGUCCUGGGUUACGAACGCCAUCGGCUUUAAGUAUAUCUUUCCAUUAAUAUCAUUAAUUCUCGCGUACUCAGUACCACGUGAAUCCUUGAUACAGCCCAUGCAGUACCCGCAAGGGCUCAAACUUAUUCCACCAUGUCAUCCGCAGAAGACGACUAUAACGAACACGAUAAUGCACUGACCUUGCCCGGAUCCAAAAAACGCAGAGUACAAAGGGCGUGUGAUAUAUGUAGACGCAAGAAGAUUCGAUGUGAUGGAAGUCAGAUGCCAGGGAAUCGGUGUUCCAAUUGCAUUGCGUAUAAUUUUGAAUGUACGUACUUAGAGGCUGCGAAGAAACGAGGUCCCCCAAAGGGAUAUGUAGAGAGCCUGGAGAAUCGUUUGGAGAAGAUGGAGAAGCUUCUGCAAAAGCUCUGCCCUGACGCCGACUUCUCUCAGGAGCUCGGAGGCGGUCCCUUGGACAGGGAGGCCUGGCAAAAAGGCAAUAUGAAUGGCUCAACUAGCCAUGUCAUGAGCCCUUAUGCUACAACUCCCCUCGAAGACCUCGUAACCAGUGAUGAUGACGAGAUAGUAUCCGUCCGCCUCGCUGAUCACAUGCAGAACAUGUCUAUCAAUCCAAACUUGUCCCGUUUCUUUGGAAAAUCAAGCGGUGUAAUGCUAGUGCAAAAAGCUAUCGACCUCAAAAAGGAGUACAUUGGCGAUGAAGAUAUCCAAUCUGAUUUCAGGCAACACAAAGGCCGCCCUGAGUUUCGUGGAACCUUCCCUUGGGAGCUGGCCGCGAAGGAUGUUAUUGAGCCGGCCUAUAACUUUCCUGAGGAAGAUCUUGGUACUUCCCUUGCCGAUCUCUACUUUGCGCACUAUAAUGUUCUAACUCCGCUGCUACACCGGCCAACUUUUGAGCGCAAGGUGGCGCAGGGGCUCCACUGCCGAGACGCGUCGUUUGGGGCGGUAUAUUUAUUAGUCCUAGCAGUUGGCUCGCGCUUCUCUGACGAUCGCCGCGUCUGUUUGGAAGGCCAGAGCGAACAUUCGUCGGGAUGGAAGUUUUUCGAACAGGUACAAAUGGUCAAGAAGACCUUACUUGGGCCACCACGUCUGGAGGACCUCCAAGUGCAUUGUCUAUCUGUCAUUUAUUUGAUGGGGACUUCGGCUCCGCAGGCAUGUUGGACCAUCGUUGGAGUCGGUAUACGUCUUGCGCAAGAUGUUGGUGCACAUCGCCGCAAGGCUUACGGCAAUAAGCCCACUGUCGAAGAGGAGCUCUGGAAACGUGCAUUCUGGGUUCUCGUCAGCCUAGACCGAUUGGUGAGCUCAUCAUUGGGACGACCAUGUGCGAUACAGGACGAAGACUUCGAUCUCGACAUGCCUUUCGAAUGCGAUGAUGAAUAUUGGGAACACCCGGACCCGGACCAAGUGUUCAAGCAACCUCCUGGCAGACCUUCUCUGAUAUCGCACUUUGUCAAUUUCCUGAAGCUCAACCACAUACUCGCAUUCGCCCUCCGUACUAUCUAUUCGAUCAACAAGCUGAAAGUACUACUUGGCUUUGUUGGGCAGCAAUGGGAGCAACAAACAGUUGCAGAGCUUGAUUCUGCGCUUAAUAAAUGGAUCGACGCUCUUCCUGAUCACCUCAGAUGGGAUCCAAACAUGGAGAUUAAUGACUUUUUCCUGCAGUCAUAUUCGCUCUAUUCAAGUUACUAUCAUGUCCAGAUUCUCAUCCACCGCCCAUUCAUCCCAUCACCCCGAAAACCAUCUCCUCUAUCUUUCCCUUCCUUGGCGAUCUGUACGAAUGCUGCUCGAUCUUGCAGCCACGUCAUGGAUGUAUAUCGAUGCCGUUCUGGUAAGCCGGUACCUUAUUCGCAGAUGGCUGCAUUCACGGCAGGUAUUGUCUUGCUUCUGAAUAUCUGGGGUGGAAAACGCUCUGGACUGUACACUGAUCCUACGAAGGAGAUGGCAGAUGUGCAUAAGUGCAUGUCCAUAUUGAAGUCGUGCGAAAAACGCUGGCACACCGCUGGUCGUCUAUGGGAUAUCUUGUAUGAACUGGCAUCUGUCGGUGACCUUCCACUGCCCCAGCCUAGUCCGUCUGGCGGAACCAAACGUGAACGUGAUUCAGGUAGUCCGUUAUCUGCUCCACCUACGACUUCACCGUCAGAGGUACCCCGUGCCAUCGCAGGAUCGCGCCGCGUCGGGCGCGAAGCAGCUGCUCACACUCGAUCGAAGCCUGCGAGCUCAUUUGAUCUUCCACUCUACAGCAAUGAUCUUGGGCGCCUACCACUCCACGGACAAUUGAACUUCCCUAACACGUCUCCAUCGCUUGGUUCGUCUAACAAUAACAAUAAUAUGUGGUACUCUCACGGGGGUGGGAAUUUGGUGCAACCACACGUUACGCAGACUUCUAUGCAAAACGUGCCUCUGCCUCAAGAUUAUUCGCAGGCCGCUGUUUCUACUGCGUACACCGUGGAUGAUAUGUUCUAUGAGCAGAUGACCCAGUAUCCGGCGCAAUAUCAAUCAGGGACCUCCAAUUCCUCGCCUUAUAAUGACGACCCUCAGGGGUUGCAGAGUAUGAUGGGUGGCACACAUCAACAAAAUGUGCUUCAGACGAACUGUUUUGACACGGACACGAUUGCCAUGUGGUCCAACGCUCCCACUGGUUUUGAGCUUAACGACUGGGGAACGUACAUCACGAAUGUAUCUGGGAUAGUAAACCCCGAUGGUUCGGCCUCACACUCGAGGCAUGGGCACUAAACUUCACAAUUGUUUGAUAUUCUUGGCUUGCAUCCAUCAUAUUUGAUAAUGCCCUAAUGUAGUAAGAAGUACAUACAGCGCUGGUCUCACUCGCCUCAUCUCUGUAGCCUUUCCGUAGACUUGUACACAUGACAACUUCAGUAGUAUUGUGGGCAGAGCUCCCGCACAUCCAAAACCGGUUUAACGUAUGAAUUGAGGUACUUUAGAACUCCUCCACAAUGUAUAAGCUUUUCGAACACCUCACGCGCUGACCUUCGCUAUUAUAUCCACCUUAAGAAUGUUGCCACGCUCGCUCGCGAACUUCCUGGUGUUGAUACAGAGCUUUAAACCGACUUUGCAUUUGUUCCUCAGUCUCCGGUGACAAUCUCGAUGGGCACUGAGGAGAGCAUUUGACCUGCGGCGCGUUGACGAUGGAUUAGCGCAUAUGGGUCACGGAUCAUGAUGAUGGGACUUAAUAUUGAUUUCAACAUGCAUGUUGCUG